AUGCCCGCGAAGACUAUCCCUGCCCCGGAGUCUGCCAUCAAGCGCGCUGCGUUCAAGCAGCAGCAGACGGAGAACUUCAAGAAGGCGAUUGCUGCCAACAAGGCGGCAAAGGUCGCUCUGAAGAAGCUUGCGUACGCGCGUGGCCUCAAGUACUCCCGUGAGUACCGUUCCACCGAGAAGAAGCUGGUGCACCUUCGCCGCCUGGCGAAGAGCCGCGGAAACUACUACCUUGAGGCGAAGCCGAAGGUGGCUGUGGUCACUCGCAUCCGCGGUAUUGCGAAGGUCGCUCCGAAGCAGCGCAAGAUUCUUCAGCUUCUGCGUCUGCGCCAGAUCUUCAACACCGUUUUUGUGCGCCUGAACAAACCGAUGGAAAACAUGCUCCGUGCCAUUGAGCCCUACAUUGCGUACGGGUACCCUUCCCUGCGCACGGUCCGCGCGAUGGUGUACAAGCGUGGCCACCUGAAGCUCAACGGUCAGCGCGUGAAGAUUGCCGAUAACAAGAUGAUCAAGGACAAGUACAACAACGAUGAUAUUGUCUGCGCUGAGGACAUCGUGAACCAGAUAUACACCGCUGGCAAGCACUUCCGCACGGUGACAAACGGUAUGUGGCCCUUCAAGCUGUCGCCGCCCACCGGUGGCAUGCGCCAGAAGCGUCGCCACUUUAUUGAGGGUGGCGAUUACGGCAACCGUGACACCCUCAUCAACCGUUUCCUCGCCCGCAUGAUUUAA